AUGGAAAUAGAAUUUAAUAAGAAAAAUAAUAAUCAAAAUAUAAUGCUAAAAUCUCUUCGUAAAUACUGUAUAUGUCUUCCAAGAAAGAGCUCCAAUGAAAUGAAAAUUUUUAGUAUCCUUCUAUUGGGAUUAUCAAAUUCUGGUAAAACAGAAAUCGGACACAAAUUAGUAUAUGAGAGAAGAAAAGAUUUUGCAUCAACAAAUGGUGUAAGAAGAUUUACAAAAUGCAAUCGGUAUAUACUAUGGAAUAUUACAGAAAUUGGGGGCAGUGUUGAUAUGCAAAGAAUAUGGCAUUACUAUUUUGUAAAGACAAUGGGAGUAAUAUUUGCAAUCGAUUUAUCAGAUAUAAAAAAUUUGCCAAAUGGUUUCAAAAAAUUAGAAGAAAUAGUUCGUCAUAAAUUUAUACAAGGAAAACCAAUUUUAAUUCUUUUAACAAAAUCCGAUUUAGCUGUAGGAACAAAUAUCAGUAUUUCAGAUAUUGAAGAAUUUUAUAAUUUAGAAAAUUUAGCAAACCGAUAUAAAUGUCCAAUGUUGCUAGAAGAAUUUAGUUUAGAUGAUGAUACUGGAUUUACAAAAGGAAUUCAAUGGCUAGAUAGUGUAAUCGAAUUUAAUUAUAAAAUUUUAAAGAAUCGAAUAAAAUUUGAUACAAACGUUCAGAGUUUAAUACAGAAUGAUAGCUUUAGAAAAUGGCUUCCUAGACCAUUUAGUGCACCGCCAUUAAGAAAAUCUAAAAUAAAAAAAGUUAGACCAAGAUCAAAGUUAUUUCAAAUAUCAAAUGAUGUGCAACAACCUGAAAUUCAAAAUAAUUCUACCCUAUUCUCCGAAAUUAAAAAUACUGAAAAAAAAUUAAAAAAUGGAAGAAGUAUUGAAUUAAACAAUGUGAACGGUGAUGUAAUAAAUACAAAAGAAGGAUUUAGCCAAAAAAUAGAUUAUAAAGUCUUCAAAAAUAAUAAAGUGGCAGAUAGUGGUAAUCACAAAAUCGAUAUAGUUCACGACGAUAUUGAAAAUAAAAAUAAAAGUUAG